UUAUGAUUCUGAAAAAUUUGAUCCUAAUCUCUCAAGACUUACUAUUCCUUUUAAUAUUAAGUAUGGUAUUUCGGGGGAUCUAAGCUUUGCGCAAUUUCCGAAUCUCGUUUCAAUCGAUUUUUACGGAUGCUAUAAUCUAAAUAGCAUCAAUAUUAGUGAAAAUGAAAAGUUACGCUGGUUAAAUUUUUCUGUCAGUCUUUAUAAGUAUAUAAAUUGUAAGCUUAUUGUCAAUGGAAGACAACUUGACCGAGUAUUAGUACCAGUUGACUGGAAUAAUGCAGCAAAGAUGAAAGAUCAAUGCAUUAUACCUUACGACCUAGUUGAAGAUCGAACAUUAGAACAAUUGGAAGCGGAAGUGAAAAAGCUAAAACAAAAUCUUGCCGAAAAAAAUCAACAAAUAAAGGAUUUACAAACGGAAACAAAGAAAAAACCUACUCUUCACCAGUUUCAAGAACUAAAUAAAAUAGUAUUACCUGGUAGCGAACUUAACUACGUUGGUUUAAAAGAAGAAAUCAAGAGACUUAAGUUAAAAGAUUUUGCACCUUACUUUCGACAGCAAAAAGAUCUAUAUGAUCAAUUAACCAUAAAUAGUAAAAAUAAAGCUGGCGAUAAUUUGAAACCAAUUUUAGAACUUUUCUUACAAACCCGAAAACAAAUUAUCGAGCAGAGCAAAAGAAAUGAUGGCGAUUUUGCAAAAGGACAACUGCAAGGACAAUUAACCACUUGCCAGACACUUUUACAAUCUAAAUUUACCCAAGAGGAAUUACAAUCUCUUUUAAAUAUGCAAGAAGAAAUAUUAAAGCUCGAAGAGCAAUCUAAUAGUUUGAGAGUGUGA